AAGGAAAGCAACUACAAGAGGAAAAAGUAACUGGAACUAUGUAGUAACAUGAGACCACUGUUUGCUAAUCACGUGUUUGUGGUCAUCUGAAACAAAUCGAAAGAAUAAACAAGACAGCGUUUGCAGGUAAUCGUGCCUAAGUUGCACCACUGCUGACUCGGCACCUUAAUUGUUUCUGGUCAUACCUGUUUGUACAGAGUCGUACGUGUGGCACAAAGUGGUCACAGCAUUAGUGUCAUGCAUGAUACAGAAACCGAGAACAAUCUUGCCCUGCUACACCAGCCCAUUGACCCCUGACAUAAUGGCGCAUGAUGACAGUGGCUACAAGAUAUCAGCAGAACGAGCCUCCUUGACGUCAUUUGAAGCAAUUGAGGAAGCAGAUGUAGUUCACUGGAUAAAUGAUCCGAAUGGACCAGGCAUCCUUAGUCGAAAUAAUAGCACAAAUGACUCAGAACUGUACAGCAGCCCUUCUGAGAGAACAGAGUUGUAUAAUGGCCGUAUCCUACUGGUUCUCACUUCCAGUGGCUUCUGGUGGUCUCAGGGGUUCGAUCUGGAGUCAUGUGAGGAAAAUCUUGCCAGAUUUGGAGUUCAGGUACCACCAGAAGAUUAUGAGCUGCCCAUUCGAGCAUCCCUAAUGAGCACAGAAGUAAGACGAUACAUGUAUUUUAGUUCCACUGGCUUCAUGAUGCUGCUUGCACCGGUAUUUUAUCUGGCAGUAUGGUGUUGUCUCUUCUCAACUUUUCACCUCUACCUGGACCAAUAUGUGAAGAGCUUCUUCUGGGCUUUCUGCCUUCUAAUCAGCACCAUUGCUGUACUUCUGACCACCAUCCUCCUCCUCCUCCUGCAUCGGCACAAUCAAAAGAUUAAUGUGAACACAGAUAUGCGACUCAUCUGGGCCAAUGAGAACCUUGUGAAGCACAACAUUUUGGUUGGCGUUUUGGAUGUAACAAAACAUUGCACAAGUAUGUUUCAUCUCUGCUUUGUGUACUUUGAUGUUAAGGAGUGUGAGAGGAGACUCGCUUCUCUGCUGGAAGAACGACAUCAGACGGGGUCUGGAUUUCAGUCCCUUUUGAAUCAGAAGCUGGGCCACCUCUGUAUUGUCAUAGAAACAAAUCAAUCCAGUCCCCUGACCAACAUCAAGGCAGAGUCUGAAGAAACUCCACUACUAGGGAAUGAUGAGGACAGUCGCCGGAACAGCAAUCAACAAACACAGCAUGUUUUUAACACACUGACAUGCCUUGUGCCUAAAGGCACAGCUCAGGAAGUAGCAUAUCAGUUGCUGGUUACAUACAGUGGACUUUAUGUAAAACUACUUGCAUCGCGACAGCUUCCUUUCACCAAGUCUUCCAUUCAUACCAAAGAUGCACAAGUUCCCUGCCUUUGUCAGUACAUAGCAACUUCAAUACUGAACCUGUCAAACUGUGAACUGAAGUAAUCAUCUUCAUAUCUCUGUUUUUGCAAACUUCGAACAACUGACAUUCUUUCAGGAGGCAACAAUAUUAGGCCUUGAACUCAAAUAGAUUUAAAUCUGCGACCAGGCUGUGUUUUCUAUGACUUUGUAACAGCUUUGUGAAAAUAAUCAAUUGAACAACUGCCUCAGCCAAUGAGCUUUCUCUCCCAUGCCUGCAGCUAGCUUGCUCCAAAACAAAGCACAGGUAGGAUUUACACAGCAAUUGCACGUCUGCCUGUUUAUCGCAAAGCUGAUGACACAUCUAUUGGAGAAAUCAUUCUGAGUCUCAGCAUUCCUCCUUUUUUUCGUGGGACCUCACACAGUGGAUGACUUACCAAAGAUUCAUGGGCAUAUUGUUUGCAGUUUUCUAAUCCCUUGAUGCUAAUGGUGAAAGGUUUCAGUCAAAAUUAAGAGGCAUUUUUACAGAAUGAAGACACCCCCUUUUCUUGAAGGGAACCUUGUUAGCCAAAGCGAACAAUUGGCCGGUUCCAAAUGAGUUGGAAGUUGUAUUUUUGUUUUUACGCAGAGAGUUAUAAUCUGGAAUGUGCAGCCAGAAAGGACAGUAGACAUCGAAACGUUCGAAAAGGGUUAGUGUGAAUAUAUUAAAGGGUGAAAAUGUUUUGAGGUGGGGGCAAAAAGACAGGGAGGAGUCAAUUUAACUGAAUAGCUCUUUCAAAGAGGCACGGUUGGCAUAUUGGAUUCUCUUGCGCUACAUGAUCUCUUGAACCAACGAUUUUCCAAUUAGCGAGUUUUGAGAAAAUUUGUAGCCCAGGUUGAGGUUUUGGAUGUAGGUUUGCUCACUGAGCUGAAAGGUUCAUUUCCAGGCGUUUGGUUUCCUUACUUGGUAACAUCUUCAGUGGACCUCAUGCGAAGCAAUGCUGAAAAUUUCUGCUUUCUAUUUAUAUCUUUGCAUUUCUUUGGGUUGGUGAUGUCAUUUCCUGUGGCAUCACCUAUACCGUGUAUUCAAAAAGAAUGGAUACCCAAUGAACACAGUCUGCCGUUUUCUCAGCAACAAACCCAAACAAGCAGACAAAACACGUCCAGAAACCCUAGCCACUCUCUCCUACAUCAAAGACAUCUCAGAAAUGACUGCCAGACCACUCAGACCCCUUGGCAUCAUGGUAGCCCACAAUAUACUAAAACAGCAGCUAAUGAACUUGAAAGACCCUAUACAGACAAUGAGCAAAACUAACGUCAUUUACAAAAUACUGUGUAAGGACUGUAACAAACACUAUGUUGGACAAACAGGCAGAAACUAGCCACCAGGAUACAUGAACACCAACUAGCCACAAAAAGACAUGACCCUCUCCCACUAGUAUGCUCACAUAUGGAUGAGGAAGGACACCACUUCGACUGGGACAAUACAUCCAUCCUAGGACAAACCAAACAAGACACUCACAAGAAUUCCCAGAAGCAUGGCAUUCCAACUGGAACUCUAUCAACAAAUACAUCGAUUUAGACCCCCAUCUAGCACCCCCUGAGAAAAGGAACCGGAAGUGACUUCACCAUAGGAAAUAACAUCAUCACAGGAAAUGACAUCACCAACCCAAAGAAACCCAAAAGUAUAAAUAGAAAGCAGGGAUUU